AUGGAAGAUGAUAAAGAAAUCAAUGUUGAAGCAUUAGAAAACAACAUCAGUGCAAAGCUUCACUGUGAUUCACCUGUAUCUGCCAAGUGCUGCAUUUUCACAGUUCCUCAGGUGAUCAGGAGACAAAAUCCAAAGGCUUAUCAUCCUGAUGUUGUGGCAAUGGGACCCUUUCAUGAUCGAGGCAGCAUUAAUGUUAUUGAGUUUGAGAAACAUGCCCGUGAGUUUUAUGCAGAACCGCUUGAUCAUCUCAACAAGAAUGACUUCAUUGAAAUGAUGAAACUUGACGGUUUGUUCAUAAUCGAACUAUUUCGGAAGCUUUGUUUUAGUGAAGAUAUUAGCAUCAAUGACCCCGUCUUCAACAUGGAUUUCAUGUUUCAGUAUUUAUGCCAUGACCUUUUGCUACUAGAGAAUCAGCUUCCUUGGUUUGUUCUCAACUCUUUACAUAUCCUUACGAAGGAGGUUGUUGAUUGCUCCCUCAAAAGACUCUUGCUUGUCAUCUUUUACUCAGAACCACAAUUGGGGCUUAACAGCAAGCGCUUCAUAGAUCAUAAUACAAUUUUCCUCGACACCGACUUUGAUCAUAAUCAUGAUCACGAUGACAAAAUUUUGCACAUACUUGACCUCAUAAGAAUUUCAAGUGUUUUCAAAUUCAAAGAAGAUCAAUUUCAGCAAUCUUUUUAUGGUCCUGAAACGCAACUGAAAAUGCAUCCAACUACUACUCUCUCAGACGUCGCAAGUGACGGUGACAGCAUAGUGAACAUAGAAUUGGAAGACAGGGUUUAUAACAAUUUUCGCCCGCCUUUCUACGGCCUUAAGACACAAUUUAUGCAUCCUGCCACUACCCUAUCAGAGGCAGGAGUAGUGUUCAGAAUGGAUUCCAGUGAUAGGAAUAUCAUAACAUAUAUAGAAUUCGAAGAUGGAGUGUUUACGAUUCCACCACUAGUCAUUGGAGAGUUGACAGAAUCACUAUUCAGGAACUUGAUUGCAUUUGAGCAAUGCUAUCAUGGAUGUGCGCAGAAAGUAACUUCAUAUGUUGUUUUGAUGGACAACCUCAUCGCUUCGCAAAAGGAUAUGAAUUUGUUUUGUGAGAAAAACAUAAUAACUACUAAUUGGCGGAGUGCUGAUUUAAAAGCGUACCAAUUCUUCAACAAGCUUUACAAUGAUACCUCGCUUAAGGAGUUCUUGUAUGACGGACUGCUACCAAGUAAAUGA